AUGGCGGAUUUGGACAAUUUAGAGAGUGGAGGAGCCGCCGUAAUCGUCGACAUUGGAAACGACGGCGGCGGCGCAGUGGAAGAGAGGGAGAUGCGAGCGGAAUUGGAAGGAAUUUCUGUGUUGGAUUUCGAUCUGCUUUGCUCGACGGUGGCGCUUCAGACUCAGGGGAAAUGGAGGAAACUGGAGAGCUCGGAGAGAGAAGAUGGCGAUGAUGAUGAAUACGGCGGCGGCGUUUUACGGCUUUGGGAAGGCGAUGUUAUGGAUUGCUUAGAGGAUCGUCAUCUCUGCAUCGAAUCCGCUUGCUGCCCAUGCUACAGAUUCGGGAAAAACAUGACAAGGAGUGGUUUUGGUUCUUGCUUUCUUCAGGGUACUGUUCAUAUGAUUCUUAUCAUCGGUCCCCUAUUCAACAUUGCAGCUUUUGCUGUAACCAAGAGGCAUUGCUUUCUCUACCUGGCUAUUGCUUUCGUGCUUUUGAUUGUAUCCUACUUGGCUUUCUUCCGUAUGCAGAUAAGAAAGAAGUUUAACAUUAGAGGCGCUGAUAGUUUCUUUGACGAUUGUAUCCACCAUCUCAUCUGUCCAUUUUGUACAUUAACUCAGGAAUCGAAAACGCUGGAGAUGAACAAUGUUCAUGACGGUAUCUGGCAUGGUCGAGGAGACACACUAUGCAUAGGCGGCGAUCCCGAAGGAAAAGCUUUUCUUGAGCUGCAUUCGCCUCCAGUCAUGGUAUCAACAAUGUCAUCUGAAGCCUAA